AUGUCGACCCUAAAAAACCAAUCCCAAAGAACCUGCCAGCCCUAUGUAAGUCGUCCACUCACCCUUCAAAUCACCCUUCAGAUCCACGGGAUGGAAUGCAUGCUCUGUGACCAUGACUUCGGUUGGUCGUGUAUCGCUACUUUCCUCCAUGCAGUGCAAGAGUAUUAUCGACUAUCCAAUAUUCUUAACUCGCAUACGAAACCAUUUUACUGUUGGCAUCGUAGAUUAUACAUUAUGGAGGAGAUUUCUAAUUAUUUAACAGAAUUUUCCAACGUCACGGAUGUUCCUCUUGAGAUGUAUGCGUAUGAAAAUAAUUCCGGGACUAAACUGGAUUUAACUUGGCAGGUCUUGAUCGAACAAGAGCUAGCUUUUCUAAGAGCAGUUGAGCAGAAAAAGCCAUUUAAUCUAUCUUUCGGACAGUAUUGUCAAAUGUUAAUGGUCCACUGUUAUACGCGACAGGAUUGUAUCCCGAUUAUGGCACUCUGGGAAGACUUCUACUUAACAUUGGUUUAUCGUUGUCAUCCUAAUCGACAUUAUUGGACGUGUCUUGAGCGAGUAUUACGCAUCCUUCACGGUACGAAGGCGGCUACGGUAAUUGAAGAGCAUCGGAAGCGCAUCCAAGAGAUGUUCGAGCUCUAG